GUGCGUACGGAGGGGGCGGUCCGUUCAUCCACUCAUACACAUGUGGUUCAGUCGGGGUGAUGGAGCGUCCUCGACUGAACCUGAGGAAGCGAAGACACAAAUAGGGGCCGCGCGCGUUGCAGGCGGAACAGACACUGAACGGUUGAACGGCGCGAACAGUCUGUUUGACUUUAACCGGCGAUAAGCGAAACACCCGAACACCGUCUGUUUUUCUCUGAGGCAAACCAAAAACCAGUUUCUCCGCGGAUCUUGAGUCACUGAAAACGGUUUCAACUGAAGACAUUUCGAACAGAAUUACGCGACGAUUUAUAAUGGUGGAGCCACUGUUGAGUCAAUAACAUCUGAAAUUGACCUGAAAACCAGAAACAACAGAGACCAACCACAACUUUUAACAUUACAAUCAAGAAGAAUUAAAUAACUUCAAGAUGUUUGAAGAGCCAUCACAGGAGAUGAGAGAGCAGAAUGUUGGAGGUUUGAAGGCUAUUGAACCCUCCACCACCACAGGGUUGCUGGGGUUAAAUGUGGCCGCUCCCAGCAGCACAAUGUCUUUCACUGAUGAAGCUGUGUCCAUCCUGACAUCAAGCAGUUUGCUUGCACGCUCGCUUCUGGGCCGAACAUCGGCACUCAAACGUGAAGAUGUCACCCCAGCCAACGCAAGCACUGUGAGACGUAAGCGGGAGUUCAUUCCUCAUGAGAAGAAGGAUGAGGGCUACUGGGACAAGCGCAAGAAAAACAAUGAGGCAGCGAAACGUUCUCGCGAGAAACGGCGCGUCAAUGACAUGGUGCUGGAAAACCGCGUGCUGGCGUUGCUCGAGGAGAACGCCAGGUUACGAGCGGAACUGCUCGCACUGAAAUUCCGCUUCGGCCUCAUUAAAGAUCCAUCGAACGCUUCCAUACUUCCGCUCACCACAGGAUCAUGUGUCCCACAACCUUCAGCGCCACAUUACUACCUUCCACGUGGGGAUGGCGCUCACCAUGCUGGUCCAAUGUUGUCAAAUCAGUCCCCUGCUCAAAGUGGGCCACAAUCUGGGCGAAGUAUCAGAGAUACAAGCAGUAUGUCAGAAGAUUCGGGUUUCUCCACGCCUGGUGGGUCCAGUGUCGGUAGUCCCGUCUUCUUUGAGGACAGACUGAGCGACCAUGGAAAGUUAUCCCCGCAUCAAGCAGAUGAGCUCGGCUAUGAGUCCCAUCACUCUCCAAAUGAUGUUUUAGCAAUGGGACACGUCACCAUGUCAUCCAACCGGAUGGAGCCAAUGGAUGGUAUGAAGAGCCUUCCUCACAAGCUGAGGUUCAAGUGUCCGGGCGGCGGCGAAUGCGACAAUCCUGGAGAUCGCCACAGUCCCGUGCUGCCCACGGUUGGCACUAGAGGUCACAGCAUUUUAAGUGAAGGAGCAGGUUACUGGACCCAGCAGGAGGGAGAAGACACCCGAAAAGUCACACCACCGCUGCCGCCACAGCAGCAGCACAGAAAUUACAGCCACAACUUGAACCCAAACGAAUCGCAAUACCAGGCCGAGAACAGCAUGCUCAAAUCUCAGCUCAGCUCUCUCAGCGAGGAGGUGGCCCAGCUCAAAAAGCUCUUUUCCGAGCAGUUGCUCACCAAAACUAAUUAAGACAUUGUAAAGGUUUGAGCAAACUGGAACAUUGCAAAUAUUCACAGUCAAACUCAUGAACGUCCAUAGAUCAUGAAUUGAAAGAAAGCAGCAUGUUCAUCACUACCUCUUCACACUCAGUCAUAACCAAACGGACCUUGCAUUUCCACCUUAUUUUGCAACUCAGAAGCAAUUUUCCGUGAAUGUACGAGAUUUCUGAUUCAUUAGCCUCUAUGUUAUUUACACAGUUUUUAAGAAAAAGCAUAACACACAGUUUUUUGUAGAACUAAAAGAACUGGAAGCGGAUGACGCCGGAAGCCUCGCACAUUCAAGUUCCAAAUGGCCGCUCUUACGUUAAAAAUAAGGUGGAUAAUGACUUUUUUUUUUACUCCUUCCUUCAACUUUCAUUCAGGACCGUGCAAGAGCAUUCCAGUGGCAUCGGGAUACGUCAGCUACAACACCUCACCUCAAUUCUCAAUUCGUCAAACACUGUGAUCUUGCUCAAAAACACCUCAGGCUGUACAACAUUGUCUGCAUACAAAGAGCUGUCUGUCACUGUAAAUGUAAAGCAAAGCAUAACAUCCUCUGUCGUAACGUCAUCCCUCUAAUAUGUGCCAACACUACUCUACCACUUGUCAGUUUGAGAGAUAAGAUAUGUGGUGAGCCUGAUAAGUCUUCACACUGUAAUGUUCUCCUGUGGUUUGUCAGAUCUAUACUGCGACUGCUGUGGGCUCAUGAAGUGAUUGCAACAUAUACCCUGAUUAAAGCGGAACUGGAAACACCUUGGAAAAGGCAAAUAAUGGAAUUCAGGGGCCGUUCACACAGAACAUUUUUCCAAUCUACUGCGCUACUUUUCCAAUAUUUUUCUAUGUAAACACACUCUAGACUGACGUGUGUGACUGUUGUGCUCACAUCUUGUGUCUUUUGCAGCGCCAUUCUUAAAAUCAGUUCAACUUUUAAAAAAAUGCAUCUUGAGACCUUGCGUUUUUUCCCCAUUCCGCUGCCCUGUGUGAAUCGGCCCUAAUUGUUUAUUGUCAUCGUUAUGAACCAGUAGCAACUCAGCACUGAAUGACUGCAUCGGGUUUUUUUUUCAUACAGAUCACUUAUCUGAAGUUGUCCAGAUAAGGAUAUUAUAAUUUGAAUUAUACACUGUUAAUGCAGUUUGAUGGUGAAAUUUCUGUUGUCUUGUAAGUUUUUGUGUAUUUGUACAAAAAAAUAUACAUUAUAUGUUUGUGUGAAUAAAUAUUUGAACUGUU